ACUGUGCGCUUUCGGCCAUUUCUAUCAUAAUCAGCAAGCGGAAAGGUUGUUUCCUGAGGUCGUUCUUUUUACGACAGGAAGUAACGAUCUUCCAACAUGGUUAACGGAAGGAUCCCGUCAGUUUUCUCUAAGACUUAUGUCACUCCCAGGAGACCAUACGAGAAAGCUCGUUUGGACCAAGAGUUACGUAUCAUCGGAGAAUAUGGACUCCGUAAUAAGCGCGAAGUAUGGCGGGUAAAGUAUACCCUGGCUAAAAUCCGCAAAGCUGCUCGUGAGUUGCUCACAUUGGAAGAAAAAGACCCGAAGCGUCUUUUCGAAGGAAAUGCUCUGUUGCGUCGUCUGGUGAGGAUCGGUGUGUUGAACGAAGGUCACAUGAAGCUCGAUUAUGUGUUGGGCUUGAAGAUUGAGGACUUCUUGGAGCGACGUCUGCAGACUCAAGUAUUUAAAAUGGGUCUAGCCAAGUCCAUUCAUCACGCCCGCGUUCUUAUUCGUCAGCGACACAUUCGUGUGCGCAAGCAGGUAGUGAAUAUUCCGUCGUUCAUCGUGCGACUGGAUUCGCAGAAACACAUCGACUUCUCGCUCAAAUCGCCCUUCGGUGGCGGCAGGCCUGGUCGUGUCAAGAGGAAGAACCUGAGGAAGGGAAGUAGUGGUGCCGCGCCGGAAGAGGAAGAGGAUUAAGCAAUUAUCGUCGUCGUCGUCGUCUUGUUGUUUUAAUAAAUAUGCGACGUAUUUAAUCGACUAUCUCUCGUUUUUCUUUUUUUUUCAACAUUCCUCUUAUGAAGUCUUUGCUUAUUUGUUCUUUCCUGAACCAGAGUGUAACUAAUAUACUCUAGUGAUAUCUUCUCUUCAAAAUAGAUGUCUGAUUUUAGACGCUUA